AUGACUGAACUCAAGAACAUGAUGGCUCAAGUUCUUAAGGGACAGCUCAAGCAUAUCAAUGCAAUAGAAGGGAUGAGUGAUGCUAAUGAAGACCCAUCAAGAGAAUGCAUGGGAGAUUUCUCUAAUGAAGCCAAUGAAGAAGAUGUGAACUACAUUGGAAACUAUGGGAACAAGGGAUACAAUCCAAGCUAUCGCCCAAACCCCAACAUGUCUUAUAGAAACCCCAAUGUGGAGAAUCCUCAAGACCAAGUGUAUCCUCCAAGGUAUCCACAACAACAAAGACCUCCUUACCAAUCUCAAGGAAGUCAAUUUCAGCCAAGGCAAGGAUAUGAGCAGAGAUCAUCAUAUCCGCCCAAGGAGCCAUAUGCUUCUUCACCAAAUCAAGCUCCUCCAAACCAACAAGGUGGGAGAUUUGAAGGAAUCCUCCAACAGAUCAUGGAUGGCCAGAAGAGAAACAUAAAGAGAUGUAUGAGAAGAUGGACACUUUGUUCAGCAAUCUCAACACCAAGUAUGAUGCUGUUGCCACUCAUGUGA